CGAGUCACCGCUAGUCGCCCCCACUGCCCCCAAGUCCCACUAAUGUCUCUCUCAGCGUGGACGCAACGUCACGUCCGCACUUCAACUUGAAUUCUUAUCCCAUUGUACAGAGGCAACCCCAGCCACACACACACGAAGGGGUCCUCCCAAAGCAACAAGACGGAAACACUGGACCUCCGCUGUUUGGAAUGAGAGAAAGAGGAGGUGUUUGGCUGUCACUGGCUGUUGUCUCCGUCUCCCCCUCAACUCCUAGAGCGUAGAGUUCCAUGCCAUUCCGUUCACCGUUGCCAAGACGCGCGCCGCGAGGACUGAAUGGGGCCAAAGCUCACAUCACGUAAAUGAGUAGCUAAUUUGUUAUAAUUAUUUAAGAACAUAUCAGAGGAGAAGAAGAGGUGACAGUUGAAUCGAAUAUUGACCCAUCGGUCGAAGAGUGGCAUGCACCGUAGGUUUCUCCAGUUGUCAACGCGCUGCAGAAGAGGGCACCUCGUCGGAAUUUAAAUGAUCGUUAUUCUCUGCAAUUAUUACAAUAUCCAUUGCUGUAUUAACAAAACAUAACCUUCCAGAAAUAUUUGCAUGCACCUGCAUGUUUCUGUUAUGUCCUAAAGCUUCCUUUGGCAAUUGCAGGUGUUGCGUUUAGUGUGAGUGAUUCUGCGAUAAGAGAACUGGACAAUUGACCAACGGUUUUUACCCGCCUUUCAACAACCACAAUACAAACACACUAGGCUCAUUUUCACUUGCAGUAGCUUUGUGUAAAUCGUCUGAAUUGGAAGCAAUUUGAAAAAAGUUACCGGGCACCAGACCAGCGGAGGAUCAUCACGGAGCAAGCCAACCCCAAGCGCAGGUCUCCGGGCGAUGCCAGAGUAGAUGCAGGGGCAAUGUCCCGUCGCAAGCAGGGGAACCCUCAGCACCUACCACUGUCGCAAAGAGAAACAAUACGACCCGAGGCCAAUCAUGAGUUGGGGGUGGGAACUCGCUCCCCGGAGCCGUCCACUCCCAGCCCCAUUCCGAGGAGGGCGGGGCCAGGGGAGCAUGACCUCUUGACCUGUGGGAGGUGCCAGACCAAAUUUCCUCUGGGAGACAUCCUGGUCUUCAUAGAGCAUAAGAGACGGCGGUGCAGUGGGGGAGGCCGCGCCCCUGGGGGGUUCUCCAAACCGGGCGAAGGGGGGAACCCCGUCUUGCUGCGGGGAGGGGCGGUACCGGUGGAGGUGGGGGUGCAGGUGACCCCUCAUGGGGAGGAAGAAGAGGAGAGGAGGCUGACGCCCGCUAAAGGAAUCUGUCCCAAGCAGGAGAGAGGGAACACAGGUAAAGAUGAGCCGUCCAGCUACAUUUGCACCUCUUGUAAACAGACCUUCACCAGCGCCUGGUUCCUGCUCCAGCACGCCCAACACACCCACGGCAUCCGCAUCUAUCUGGACACACACCCCUCCAACUACACCCUCACCCCUCGCAUGGCCCUCCCCCCUCCCAUGGGUGGAGGAGACUCCCUCCCUCGUUCUCCCUUACCAACCUUCCUGGGGGACACCUCUAACUCCUUCCACCUCCUCCGAAUGGCGGCGCCACUACUCAGGGAGCACCACCCACACCAUCCCCAACACCCUCACCACCCCCGUCCCCCUCCGGGCUAUCUGGACACCCGGCUCCCUGCCACCCCACCCUUCGUCAGACCCCCGCCCCCCAGACACCUCCUGGAGCGCCUGGGUCCAGAGGAGAUGGGGCCCCUGCUCUUCCAGCACCCCAGUGCCUUCGAGAGGGUGAUGCGUCUGACCCCAAUGGAUCCUCCUUCCAUGGACUUCUCCAGAAGGCUCAGAGAGCUGGCGGUUGGCAACAAUACUAACAACGGAGGCCCUACACCUCCUCUAUCGCCCACCCGGGUGCCCCCCAUGCACCGCCUGCUGAGUCCAACUCUCUUCCAGUCGGGCUCCAAGCCCCCACCGUUCCUCACCUACCCCCCACAGCCCCCCACGCCUCAGGGAAACGCCACCACUCCUCCCCAGGGCCAGAACCAGGCCCAGGUCCAGGCCCAAGCCAAGUCCAAGUCCUGUGAGUUUUGUGGAAAGACCUUCAAGUUCCAGAGCAACCUGAUAGUCCACAGACGGAGUCACACAGGAGAGAGGCCCUACAAGUGUCAUCUGUGUGACCAUGCCUGUUCUCAAGCCUCCAAGCUGAAGAGACACAUGAAGACACACAUACACAAGUCAGGCUCCAUGGGGAGCUCCCCUGAACAGGAGAAUAGAGGAGAGGUAGGAGAGGGGGAGGAGAAGAGCAGAGAGGGGGAGGGAAGAAUGGGGAUGGACAACGAGGAGGAGGAAGAGGAUGAGGAAGAGGAAGAAGAGGAGGAAGAAAUUGAGGAUGAGGAGGAGAUGAGGAACGGCCUAAGUAGGCCUGAGUCUAACCUGAGCAUGGACUCAGAGUUCCACAAGAACAGGGAGAACGGGUCGAGGCCUUCCCCAGACGAGAAGCCUCAUGGUGGGGAUAGAGUGACGGAGACCGGAGGGGUGGGUAUCAUGCACCCAUACAACCACCUGGACAAUCACCUGAGGCUGGCCCCUUCCAAGAAGACCAUGAGUCUGGAUAGGGAGAGGCAGCCUAAUAGAGAGUCGAGAGAGGGGGGAGAUGCAGGGAGGGGGGAGAUGGAGAUUGAGCGGGACAGAGAGCGAGCGUUGGACAGGGCGAUGGGCAGAGCGAUGGACAGAGAGAGAGAGAUUGAAAGAGAGGAGAGGCCCUUGAUGAACGGAAGGAUUAGUGGGUCAGAAGAUUCCUUCACUGGACUGUUCCACCGCCGGCCCACCCCCAUCACCAGCCCCAACCCCUCCAACAAGAGAAUCAAGGUGGAGAAGGAGUUGGAGCUCCCCGCGGCUCCGACCCUCAUCUCCCCAGAGAACAUGUACUCCCAGCUCCUGGCAGGUUACGCCGCUUCACGCCACUUCAUCAGAGAACCUUUCCUCCACGGCUUCAGUGACGCCCACCAGUCCCCCUUCGCCACCUCCUCAGAGCACUCCUCCUCCGAAACGGGUUCCCUCCGCUUCUCCACCUCUCCUGGGGAAUUCCUGGAGGGAGUGGGCACAUCGGGCCGCAGCGGCAGCUCCACCCCUCACCUCCUGCGGGGUCCCGGGCCGGGUCGACCACCUAGUAAGGAGAGCCGACGGAGCGACACCUGCGAGUACUGUGGGAAGAUAUUCAAGAACUGCAGCAACCUGACGGUGCACCGGCGCAGCCACACGGGAGAGAGGCCCUACAAGUGUGACCUGUGCAGCUACGCCUGCGCACAGAGCUCCAAGCUAACACGCCACAUGAAGACCCACGGGCAGUUUGGGAAGGAGGUGUACCGCUGUGACAUCUGCCACAUGCCCUUCAGCGUCUACAGCACCCUGGAGAAACACAUGAAGAAGUGGCACGGGGAACACUUGAUGGCCAGCGACGUCAAACUGGAGGAGGCUGAGAGAGGCUAGGUUACGCUAGGCUAAAGCUUAGGCUAGUCUAACACCUCAGACUCAUUCUGAAUGAACACUUACAGGACUUCAACACGGGGCUUGGCUGGAUAAUCUUUCAUCUUCUUGAAUAUUUUUGGGACAAUUUAAUGUACGUAAUUCUGUUUUUGUUUGUUCUUUUUGUCACAAACUGCCAACUGAGAAAUAUAACAAAGGGAAACAUGGGAUGUUUCUAGAAACCUUUAGUUUCCUGCCAACUAUUGAUCUAUCUGAGGAUUUUAUCAUUUUCGGAAUCCAUUGAGCCUUUCUACUGUGCAAUAAUGUCUGUAUUUAUUGGAGUUUUGUAAAGAUAUUGGGCAUGUGCAGGUACAUCUUUGUGGGGUUUUAUAGGGAAUUAGGUAGCUAGCUAGUAAGUUAAAAAAAAAUAUGCUGAAUUUUUUUUUCUUCUAAAAAACACAACUUGAAACAGGUCACACUUGAUUAGAAAAACAAUUUUAAUUUUGAUUUGUUAAUUAAAAACAAUUCCUUUAAGGAAACUAUAAGUAAAUGAGUAAACUUCUUAAAUUAUGAUAGCAAUUAUUUAUUUUUUAUCUGUAUUAUUAAUAUCGUAUUAGGUCAACAUCUCUGACAUCAAGCACUGAAUGUCACUAUGACAACAGAAUUUACAUUUUAGGAUUUCAAAAAAAACCAAAUGUUGAUGUUUUAAAAGUCUGAAUAGAUUACAGCCAAUUUUACACAAACUAUAAUUUUUUAAUAUCUGCAUGUGUUAUUAUGAUGAUGCAAUCCAGUCCCCACAUUCCCAAUAUUCGCCGGGGACAUAAAUAGCGGUUGCAGACAUUGACAUGAACUCCUUAGAUGCAGGAUUAAAUCACCAUGGGAAUAUUUAAGAUAUAUCAGUUCAAACUUGCUGUAGUAAAUGUGGAAAGGAGAACAGUCCUAUAAAACGCUAUGUGUGUGGAUGUUUUGGGAAGAGUAAACCGUUUUAUUUCAUCAAACAUUAUGUAAAUAUUCGAUUUUCUUUAAUAACAGAAAGUAAAUGUAUACGAGCCUCAUAUUUUACAUUCGGAAUGUCCACUCUAACUAAAACAGUCAAAGAUCUGUGGCUGUUAUUUAACUUCUGAAUAAUAUACAUUGUUAUUGCAACCAUUCACUAGAUAAUUGCAAUACAGGUCCUCUCAAUAGUGCUUCCUUCCUAUGGUCAUACUGUUUACAUUUGAACCACAUAGUGGCAAUGUCCCUUACACCCUCUUGACACUUGAUAAAGCUUCAUCAAAACCAAUUUGUUAAGUUAAACUUUUAAACAUUCUACAUUGUACUGUACAUUCCACUUCUAGAAUCAUUUCAUUGUUCCUUCUGGGGAAUUCCUGAACAGUAGUGUUCUCGUCGCCCAGGGUGAGUUCUGAUCCCCUCAGGAUUCAGCAAAACGGUCUCAGAAUGGAAUUCAUAUCAAUGCCUGUGUUUCUCCACUGUGUGCUCUAAGCCUCAAUCUGCCUGCCUGCUUUCACAGUUCACUAACUCAGCGUUCAUGUAUUAGUAGAGCAGCUUUGAAAAGGAAAAGGUGGGGGUUGUUCAUUUUGCUUCACAAAGCGAUAUGGGGGUUUAACGCCCAAUAACAGAUUUGUGAAGACACUGUACGUGGCGUUCGUGACUUUUAGGGAUUUACAAUUUGUGAUUUUCAGCUGCGUGGAAUGAGGAUGGCUCAUCCUUGAAUGAAUCUAAAAAAGCCCAUUUGAGUUACAUUGAGUUAUGGUAAUAAUGUCCAGCACAGCAGUUAGACUGAUGGCCAAACGACCUUGAGAUCUGAUUGGAUCAUUCUUGAGGUAGAAAAUGAAAAAUUGAAAUAGAGAAAAUGGAGAGGGGAUAGAGGGAGAGAGGGAGAGAGACAUAGAAUGAAAGAGAGAGAGAGAGAGACCCAAGCAAGGAUCAAAGUCAUUCAAAUGAAAUUGAAAGCAUAUGAAAAGUGUGUUUUAACCCAAAUGCAUAUCUACUGGUCAAAUCUAAUACCAAGGACAUCAGAGAGAGAGAAAGAGGACCAAUAUUAGGGAAGAUUGAGGCCACAUCUUCCCUUAAUACAACCAUCUUCAAUAGAGAUAAUCACCUCACCUCAAAGAUAUCACUUCACACAGCCUGUUUGAAAUGUGCUGUGUGUGUUUAGGCAAUUGGACAUGGGUGUGCUCUCGAAUGAAAACCUUCCUAUUCAUCAUCAUCUUGUUGACAGAAAUCAGAUUCUUACACAAAACACUCAUCUCAUAAUGGUCCUCUAUUUCAGAUCAGCGUGUGGAAAUGGAAUAGAUUAGUUAUCAUAAUAUAUGCGACUGACUGAACAGGUAUAGAUACCAUAGAGACAUGCGUUUGGGGAAAACACAUGUUGAUAUUCAGUAAGAGUACAUCUUCAGUGUAUUCCAAUAAAAAUAUGUUUAAAAAAAAUCAAUUCUCACUUCAGAACAAAGUUGAUAAUAACUAUAAUAACUGUUAUUAUUGCAAUUGAGACAGUGGAGAGGAGAAACCUACAAUUCCAACUUCUGAACAAGCUUCAUAAACUCCAUCCAAAAUAUGGAUGCUAGAGAGUUAUUUUAAUCGCAUUGAGGAACCAGGAAGACAGACUCGUAAAACAUAACUAGUCCUCUCAUACAAGAACAUUCAGUACCAGAAUGAUAUCUCAUACAAGAACAUUCAGUACCAGAAUAAUGCUUACAGUGUUUGAAGUAAUUAAUGAUGAAAUCCUCUGUGUUUUAAACAAUAACAAAGUAUUCUUUUCUUCUAUGUUUUGACCAUAACGAGCAUUGUAUGGUUAUGAUGGUGGAGGGAUUUUAUUAAGUAGAUUUACAUGAGUAGUUGCGUAUAAUUUCUUGCUCACUGUAUGACGAUACACAGUGUCUUUGUAAUAUUGAUAAAUGAUGCUGUGUUUUUAAAAACAAAUGGUUCCAACAUUCUGCCUAUUUUACCUUCCCAACCCAAUUGUGAUUUGAUUCAAAUGUUUAAAGUCAAUUUAUUUGGUAAAUCUAUCCUAAUAUGGAUUUAAAAAAACAACAUUUAAAUUAGAAAUCAUCCAGAAUAUCAGAGGAAUUUUGGGAUUGGGAUUCUGCAAUGGGUUAUGGGAGAAAUGUUUUUAUUUGUAUUUUUUUAAUUUGAGAAAAUCAGUUUUAGGAGGCGUUCAUGGACAAUAUUUUUUUUUCUUCUCAUGAUUGGUUGAAAUUCUUGUGAUGGCACUUAAAAUUUAAAUUUGAACACAUUUUCAACUUUCAUGACUUUUGCUCUUUGUACAAAAAUCUUUUUUUCUUUUUCUUUUUUGAGGGAUUGUUGUGAAAAAUAAGUAGUUUCAAAGCAGCAGCAGUAACGUCGGCUGUUUUGAACAUAUAUGUAUUUUUGUAAUGUGUUGAAAAGAAAGUCAACAAAUCCAAUAAAUGUUGCAAUUGCC